AUGGCCAAAUCACCCUAUCCACCAAUUCCACUCUUUAAUCUUACCGAAGCCUUUGUGAUAAACUCAACAAAUCAUCUCUAUGUUCCAUUCGAAUCUACCACUUUAUCCAUUGUAGACACUGUCAUCAUGUCAAUAUUCAUUUUAGCUCAUAUCGUUGCCAUCAUUUUGGCGUUUACCUUUCUCAGAGUUGGAUACUUGAUGAAAAAACAAAAAGAAGAAGUGCAAGUAGUAUUGAAGAAUGUUCAAUCGACAAAGGAACAAUUUUCACCAAAUCGACAAUCAACGAAACAUGUUUCACAUUCGACAGCAAAUAUUGGAACACCGACUGUGAAUCAUCAGGAGAGUAGUGAUGUUUUGGGAAAUGGUAGUACUACUACUGUUGAAUUAUUGGAAGUGAAUAAUGUUAGUGGUAUAAGCCUGUCACCUGCCGUGAAUGGUAAUCAUUUGGAUAGUGGAAGUUUGCAAAUUAAUAGAAAUAAUAGAACAAUGUCGAAUUCUAGUGAUGUGCAGAAUUCAUCAACUUCAUUCUCUACUACACCUGGAUCUGUUUUGUUGAAUGUUGGUGAAGAAGUUCAUAAUAAGGAUAAUGUUUCAGUUUCGUCCAAUACAAAAAUAAGACAUUCCACCAGAUUGGCAGUAAGCCAACAUGCAAAUCAUCAUCAAAUGGAUAGCGAUGGAAUGUCAAAGAAUCAGAGGAUUUUAUUCAUUCUUUUACUCUUCUUACUCUUCUUUCAAAUGACAAGUUUACUUUUAUUGAUUAUUCACCAUGCAUUGAAUUUCAGUGGACACGCUAUGAUUGAUGAUUAUAUUUUAAAAAGGAAUAAUGAUAUUGCUUCGGGAAUCAUUAGUGAAUCAUCUCCUAUUGAGCUGGUUCCUAGUAGGGAGUUUAGAAUUGCAGACAGAUUUGUUGGAAUGUUUCAGGCGAUUGUUGGAGCUUCAUGUUAUUUGAUUAUCCUGUACAUUUUAUGUUUUAUUGAAACAGUUUUCAUCCAGACGGUUCAGAAAACUGGAACCAUGUCAAAGAAGACUGCAAAGAUUAUUACCACUAUUUCUGUAAUUGUUACCAUUAUUACAACCUCUUUAAUCUUUGUGAGUAUUGUAUCCUCCUGUGUCAUGAUUCUCCUCGUAAAAUCAGGAGUUAUUACGGAUGAUGAGCUUUCUGCCAGUUUACCAGGAGCUGCCUUAUUCAUUUUCCAAGUUGUCUUUCACAACGUCAUUUUCAACGUUGUUGGAUUUAAGGUACUGAGAACGAUUCGUCAAUAUUCUUCCAAGCUCAACAGACAAUCCAGUGAACGACCAUUCUAUAGAGUUAUUAUUUUACAGAUAGGAUUGACCAUUUUUACAAUCAUUCACUUGUUGGGAGCUGUUUGCUUGGCUCUGUAUCCUUCAUGGGAAUUUUUCGAUGCAAUUUCAUUUGCAUUUUCUUCAAUCGCAAUUCUAGGAUAUACCACAAUAAUAUUCUUCCUCUAUAGACCAUUAUUUAAGGAUGCUAGAAUUCAAGCUAGGGAAAUGAAGAAACUCAUAUCAGAAACUCAACAUGACUAAUGUCAAGAAGUGUAUUCUUGAUACUAUAAUAUUAAAUCUUUUAAUAUUCAUUUAGG